CAGGUUGGACCGCUUGUGUACUGACGUGGUUGCCACGCCGAGAGCUGCCUUAACUAAUAGUUUGGCUCCAAGUCCUCCGCUAAGUUCCACCAAUCCCAAUUACAUGUCCUGCUACAUAGUAUCAGCCUUCAAACAAUGGCCGACGCAUCAGCAACGAUACCCACCCCCGAGCCCGAGGCGCCGGUUGCCGCGCCGGUUGCCGACCUGCCCUCGGGCGAGCCAAUCCCGUCCUCGACGCCGCCGGCAAGAACCCCGAAGCGGCGACCGCUUCCUCUGGGCGCGCUGCUGGCCGCGCUGCCCUCCAACGUCGAUGCCUUCCUCACCCGCCUCGACAAAUGCCUGGCUACGCCUUCGGGCAUCGAUACCGUGAUGCUCUUCCUCUGUUACACGUCCAAGCUCAGCGCCUCGGUGCUCUCAUCCCUGUCACAGUCGGCCCUGCGACGCUCCGCGCGCGAGUGGAUUGCCCUGGUCGCCUCGCUCCCGCGCGGCACAACCGUCGUCUUUACCUCCCCCGCCACCGCCGCCGGAGCCACAGGGGCCAAGACCGCACUCCCGGCAACCGCCACCCUAGCGCUGCUCCUCUCCAAGCGCCUGUCCGCGCUCUCCUCCCUACUCAGCGAAGCCCGCAUGAUCCUGCGGCUGUGGGCGCUGCUGGGCAUGUACUUCUGGGCGCGCGGCCUCCUCCGGCGGACCCUCCUCUGUUCUUCUUCUCCUCCUUCCUCCACUAAGGACGCCGAAAAGGAACCAUCCAGCAGCAAGGCAGCCGCGGCGCUAGAAUACCUCCGCCUCGUCCUGUGCGUUACCUUCCAAGCCCUGGAGAACGGCGCCUACCUCUCGUCGCGGGGCGUCAUGUCGUGGACGCCGGCGCAGCAGGGGCGUGCGUUCAAGUGGAGCGCGCGCCUCUGGGGCGCCUACGUGGGCAUCGAGUUGGGCAAGCUGGCGGCCGAGCGACUCGGCGGCGGCUUCGGCGCCAAGACCAAGGCGGAGCGCGGCGAAUGGGCCAAGAAGACCGCGCGGCAGCUUGCGUGGGCGCCGCUCACGCUUCACUGGGGCAGCGAUAAGGGCCUGGUGAGCGAAAUGACGGUCGGCGUGCUGGCGAGUAUCCCCGGAAUCAUUCAGUUGAGGGAUCUGUGGGCUUCGACGGCAUGAGGGAGGAAGAUGAGAAGGAAGGAGGGAAAGUAAGAGGGACCCGGAAGAAAGGGAAGGAUGGAAAGAAGGAGGGAUUGAAAGAGGAAACGAAAUGGGGGACUGAAAGAGCGAAGGAGGGAAUGAGAGACGGAACGGAA